UUUGUGGCUAAGAUAAAGACAAUCAGUUCACAAAACCUGCAACGCCCACAGGGAGAGGACAGCUACAGGAGGACCUGCUUCAACCUGAUAUUGACUUCAAUCUGUGAAGGUGGGUUUUCAGGUCAAGAUGACAAUAACUUCAUAGAAAAGUGUUUACCUUCAUGUUUUAACUUUGGGCCUCCUGUUUACAGCCGCAAUGGCCUCUGCAAUGAGACAAGACGUGAGCUGUUCGAUAUGUCAUGAAAUAUUUAGAGAUCCUGUUAUCCUGUCAUGCAGCCACAGCUUUUGUAAGAACUGUCUGUUUAGACAGUGGAGAGAGAAACAAUUACGUGAAUGUCCUAUAUGUAAGAGCACAUCUGGAAGAAAACACCCACCAAUUAACUUGGCUUUAAAGAACCUGUGUGAGACCUUACUGGAAGGAAGUCAGAAAGCUUCUAUAAAGUCUGAGCCUCUCUGCAGUCUGCACUCUGAGAAACUGAAACUGUUCUGUCUGGAUCAUAACAAGCCAGUGUGUGUCAUCUGUAGAGACUCAAAAGCACACACCAAUCAUAAAUUCAGACCCAUUGAUGAAGCUGCACGGGAUCACAGAGAGGAGCUCCAGAAAUCACUGAAGCCUGUACAGGAGAAACUGAAGCUCUUUCAGCAGAUUAAAGGAAACUUUGAUGAAACAGCAGAACACAUCAAGUUCCAGGCUCAACACACAGAGAGUCAGAUUAAGAAGCAGUUUAAGAAGCUUCACCAGUUUCUACAAGAGGAAGAGGAGGCCAGGAUCAAAGCUCUGAGGGAGGAAGAAAAGCAGAAGAGUCAGAAGAUGAAGGAGAAGAUUGACGCUCUGAUCAGAGAGAUAACAGCUCUUUCAUUCACAAUCAGAGUCACAGAGAAGGAGCUGAAAGCUGAAGACGUCUCAUUCCUGCUCAACUACAAGACUGUAGUGAAAAGAGUCCAGCGACGCCCCCCGAUGAAUGAUCCACAGCUGGCCUCAGGAGCGCACAUAGAUGUGGCCAAACAUCUGGGCAACCUGUCCUACAACAUCUGGGACAAGAUAAAGGAGAAGGUCUCCUACAGCCCUGUGAUUCUGGAUCCAAACACUGCUUAUCCACACCUCGCCCUGUCUGAAGAUCUGACCAGUGUGAGUUUCAGAGAGAAGAAGAAGCUUCCAGACAACCCAGAAAGAUUUGACCACUUUCCAAUGGUCCUCAGCUCUAAAGGCUUUACAUCAGGUUCUCACAGCUGGGAUGUUGAAGUUGGAGACAGUACACAAUGGAUUGUUGGUGUAGCAAAAGAAUCUUCCACAAGAAAGGGACCAAGCAUUAUGUCUGGAUUAUGGGGUGUAUGGUUAUGUAAUGGUACAUACACCGCAUUGUCUCCAACAGAUCCCUCCUCUUAUCUCCUUGUGAAGAAGAUGCAGAAAAUCAGAGUCCAUCUGGACUGGAACAAAGGAAAAUUGUCGUUCUCUGAUCUUGACACUAACACAAACAUACACAGCUUCUCACACACUUUCACUGAGAAGAUGUUUCCACUCAUUAGCACCUGGAAAAAUCUGCCACUGAAGAUGUUAACAGUGACAUCACAUGAUAUGGCCAGACGGUUUGCUGAUUGUGAUGAUGAUGAUAACAAUGAAGAUGGAGGUGAUGAUGACUGCUAA